UACUGCAAACUUUCUGCACAGUAAACCUAAAAUCGUCUGAAUCGGCCAUAACUUCUCGCCGGCGAUGGCUUCCGCGUCUGUUCUACGCGCGGCUGUUUGAAUAAUUCUCAUUCCGGCGAGGAAAUUGAUUGAUGGAGCAGAAGUUUUUUCGGAUUUCAGCUUCGUUUUGCUUCUGAUAAUUGUAAAACUCCAUUAAUCCAUCAAUGAGUCUGCGUAAACCCCCAAUCCCCCGUCUUCUGCUCAGCAAUGUUUCUUGCAUGAGAAACGCUCAGCAAAUUCUCCGCCACGUAAACGUCUCACUCCACGAUGGAGGAGCGCUCGUUCUGACAGGUACAAACGGUUCAGGCAAAAGUACACUCCUACGAAUGCUAGCUGGCUUCUCCAAACCAUCGGCCGGUGAAAUACUCUGGAACGGACACAACAUAACCGAAUCGGGCGUUUUCCAUCAGUACAAGCUCCAGCUAAACUGGCUCUCACUAAAAGACGCAAUUAAAGAGAAAUUCACAGUUCUUGAUAAUGUUCAGUGGUUCGAAAUUCUCGAAGGAAAACAGGGGAAAUCCAUACCUGCAAUUGAGCUUAUGGGGCUCGGAAGAUUGAUGAAGGAGAAAGCAAGAAUGCUUUCCAUGGGUCAACGGAAGAGGGUGCAGCUGGCGAGGCUGUUGGCUAUCGAUAGGCCGAUUUGGUUGCUUGACGAGCCGUCGGUUGCGUUGGAUGAUGAAGGGACGAGAUUGCUCGAGUUUAUUAUUAAGGAGCAUAGGAAGAAAGGUGGGAUUGUUAUUGUGGCCACGCAUUUGCCUAUUGAUAUUCAAGAUUCGUUGAUUUUGAGGCUGCCGCCUAGGUUUCCGAGGAGGAUGACUUUGGUUGACAUGCUUGACCGUGGUGGACCGGAUUGAUUCUGUUUUAUGAUAAUCGUAUCAAAUUAUUGAUUUAUAUAUGUAAUUUUGGUUAAAUUGUAGCAGUGUCCAUUGCUGUCUAAAUUGAUUAUUUUGGUUGCAGAUUUUUUUUUGACAGAAACGAAUAUGUCGUUUUCUUUAUUGAAUCUUUAGUAGUUUGUUACUCGUUUUAA